AUGGAGCUAAGGCCGACCAUCAAGUUCAAGCUGAAUGGGGUAUCUAAAUCCGGGGCUGAUAUCGAUACCUUGGAACUCCAAGCUUGCUAUCGCGCUCUCGACAACCUGCGGAGCUUAUUGUUUCAAGUGCCGAUGCUAGAUCUUCUGGAAGGUCAAAUCGAUCAAGGAAACCGCUAUUUUGAAUCGUUGAUUCGGGCCUCUCGAGGGGGAUUCCGAGAAUGCAGAACAUAUAUGAAAGUAACGGGGGUCUCGGCGACAGAGAUGAGUGCGAUCUGCAGCCGCUGGCAACUCUCCCAGCCCCUUGAUAAGAUGGCACGAAGCUUCAUAUUCCCAACGCACCCAGAGAACUAUGUGGUUAUGCAUUCGCCAGGAGCCCCCGCCAGAAGUGGGCCAGACUGUGGGGUGGAGCUGAUGGGGGAGCAUAUGGCCAAGAUUCAAUUUGUUGAUCUCACCGACAGCGGAGAUAUUCCCAUGUGGAUGGUGGAGGAGCGAGAGGAUGAGUAUGAAAGGGCGGAGUACUUGGUCGCGAAACUUGACAGUGGGAGCAACUUCUUCUAUAUCUUGAACGAAUUCAUGGAUACUGAGGGUGGUUGUAAGAUCAAGCUACGGGCCUUUUUCCCGUCUGCUUCACCUUGGUCAUUGGUCAAUGGACAUGCGGAACAUCUUGCGGUCGAGUUUCGAAAUCUGCUCCAGAUGGUUUAUGGGGCAAUAGAGGAGCUGGAAGACAGCUAUUGA